GAAGAGAAAGAUUUUUAAUUGUAUAAAUAGCUUUGCUAAUCUAAGGCCGUUUAAGACUUGUAAAACGAAAAGAAAAGUAACCCAGCACUGUUUUUUAGUUUUACGGGCUUCUUUUGAAUUUGCUUAUAUGUUCAAUAUCUGUAUAAUCUUUGAUUAAUUUUUCGUUCGUCGAUUGUGAAUGUGUAAAACCCUUUUCUGGGUAUAAGAAAGAACAAAACUUUGAUACAAACAAGCAAAAAUGGUUCACUUGCUUUUGUCAAAGCCUAACUGGAAAGAAGAAGAUGGAGAUAGAGAUAGUGACCUUGGCAAGCAAUGGGUAUUGCUUUUGAACAAAUUGGAAUCUAUAAUCUGGUCAUUGAUUAAUGCUGGUGGUGGUCGAUCAGAAGCUCGUUUAUGGCUUUGUAGUUCAAUAGCAGCCAUUUCUUCAUUAACUUCUCGCCAGCAAAAGGAUUUGUUUGUGGGGUUACUGAGAAGAAAACCUACUAAUAGGAGUUUGGCAUCUCAGCUCUUGCAAAUGAUGUUUGAGAAAAGGAGGCGGAAAGUGGGGGCUAUUGUUGCUAAGCGAAGUUAUUUGCUCGAGAAGUUCUUUGACGGUAAUCCUAUGCAUAUAAUGCAGUGGUUUUCUAACUUUGCUGAUAAUGGUGGAUUAGAUCAUAAAAAAGGUGCUAAAGCAUUAUCCCAAUUUGCUUUUGUAAAUCGUGAUAUAUGUUGGGAGGAGCUUCAAUGGAAGGGAAAACAUGGGCAAUCGCCUGCUGUGGUUGCUACGAAGCCUCAUUACUUUCUUGAUUUGGAUGUACAAAAAACAGUGGAAAAUUUUCUUGAAAAUGUACCUGAGUUUUGGUCAUCCAGUGAGUUUGCCGAGUCCUUGAGGGAUGGUGAUAUUUUGUUUGUUGAUACAAAAUACUUUGUGGAGUUUUUUGUUGGCUUGAUGUAUGAAGAGGAUGCAAAAGAUGUAUGGAAAGUCAUAAAUGAGUUUCUCAUGGAGGAAUACUUUUCUUCUUUGUGUAAGCACCUUCUUAUCACUCUUGAAGAGGAAGAAUUGUGCACUGUUCUGGAAUUAUUACGUAAAUAUUUAGGCCUAAGAAUGGAAUCAAUAGAUUUUGGUAACUCAUCUUGUUGGCUUGAGUUAGUGCUCUCUAAAUCCAAAGAUUGUAAAUCCCUUGACCAGCUACUUCUAUUAAAUGCAUUUAUUAACCAAGGACGCCAGCUUCUACGGCUUUUGCAUGAUGAAGAGGCAGCAAAGGAACAAACAAAAAUUAAGGAUAUUGUAUCACAGAUAUGCACAGUGUCAAGCAAUGCAAAUUACCUGGUCCCUUUGUUGAGUGAAUGCUUCAAGUUGAAAUUCGCAGAAACAGUUAAGUUCUUGGGGCUCCAGUCUUGGGUUAUUCAUUAUGCAUUAUUAGAGGAGUCCAGGACUUCAGAGUCAUGGGAAUCUUUAUUUUCAAAUAAUGGAAUAAGCUUCCGAAAAUCUGAUAAAUAUGCGCUGGUAGUUUGUGAUGGAUUCUCAGAAGAAAAUGAUUCUGAAUUAGAUAAUGAUGCAUCAAUUAGAAGAAAGGGCAGGAGAAAAAAGAAGAGUAGGAAGAAAAGGAGGAGGAAUUCUGAUGAUGAUGACUUCAACGAAAAUGAGCUGCUGGAUUUUGAUACAUCAAAUAACUGGCCAGGGCUGCAAUCUAGGGCUACAAGUUGGUUGCUUUCUACAGAUGGGUUUUCUGCAUCAUGGACCAAUGUGGAUUUGCCUGAACACCUUUCAAAGUUUUGCUUUUCGACAUGGAUGAAGUGGUUGCUAACUGAAGUGGCAUAGUUCAUGCAGUCUGUGCGUUUUGGUCAUUUUGCAAAGAUUAUCAAAGUUGCGGAGGGAGUUACAGAUUCUGUGGGAGGAUGUAUCUUUCCAUUAGUUUCUUUUUCAAUCAAAUUCCUUCUCAUAGGGUGAAUACUUCAAGUAGGAAGCAGAACUCUUUAUGGACAUAUAUGAGUAGUAUCUUCUCUCAACUGAGUAACUUGGAAUCCCCUGAUGAUGUUGGUACGUUGCUGGAGAGUUAAGAGUUUAGAUUUUAUUGGAAGAACAUCCAUCAGCAAUCAUCUCUUCCGUAAGAGUGUAGAAGUAUAGGACUGCCUAUUAAUCAGUACAUAAUAGGACAACAAGCAUUUGCACAGAAAAAGAAUGCAGAUUCAAAAACUGUGGAUCAGAUUUUGCAGAAGUGGAGAAGAGGCCCCUUUAUUUUUUUGGCAUCCAUGUAAUGCCCUUCUUUUGUGCGGGCUACAAGCUUAUUGGGUUCAUUCUGCAGAUUACAUAUGAAUUGCAUCCUUCGACUUUCAGUGAAUGCCAAUUACAUCUGAAACAUAUAAUUUCUUAGCUCGAUAGAGCCACUUACAGUCGGUUUCUACUAUCCUGAUGUGCAUAGGAUUGAAUUCAGUUGUUUCAUAACAAGAGUCAACUUUUGAGUCCCAAUUUUGAUACUAAAUUUCAUGAGUCCAAAAAUGGUUUUGUGACA